GGAAGGUAUACCGGCGGCGGGGGAGGUGGAGGGGAUAGGUAGGGGUAAACAGGAGGCGGCGGAGAUGGUGGAGGAGGGGAAUUUGGUGGUGGUGGGCUGCUGUAGUAAGGGUUUGGCGGUGGCGGUGGGGAGAAGAGUGGAGGCGGCGGUGGUGGUGAAUUUGGUGGUGGAGGUGGUGGGGGACGGGUACAUGGAGGUGUCGGUGAUGGGGAUGGUGGUGCCGGCGAUGGUGGCGGAGGGGAUGGAGAUGGUGGCGGCGGAGACGGUGGUGGAGGUGAAGGAGGAGGAGGUGGUGGCGGUGACGGCGGUGGUGGUGAUGGAGGAGGAGGCGGUGGAGAGUAAACCGGUGGUGGCGGCGACG